GUCGCUCCGUAGUCCAGUUCUGCAUCACCCCGUCGGCGAAGCUGCUUGACAGCGGUCCGUAAAGCAAGACAACGGAAUACGGUGACAUAACGUAGAAUCGGAGAGACUUUGAAAAAUCCAAAACGGCUAAAAACAGCGGCAGCGACCACCGGGGGAGGACUUGUCCCCUCGGGCCCGUGGGCCUCAAAAGCAUUCAGGGCUGUCUUAACCUGGUGCCCAAAAGAGGGCAAGUUUGAUACCUGGCAGUGGGCCGGUUGGUCCACAGGCUUAACAAGAGGACUUCCUUUUUGCCCCGUUAAAAUGUGUGUAUUUCCCCCUGAGAGAGAAGAGCUGUCACGGCGGAAAUAUCUGGCUGCCGGAAGCCAGACUUUCUCAGUUCCAAAAUGACAGGCGCAUGACCUCGUGAAGACGGAUCAUUGAACUUCACAGCGGAAGCUCCAUUUAUGUAAGAGAGCCAAUCCCAUAUCUCUGGUGUGAUGAAUAAGCCGUUGCCUCCAAUCUCGGUCAUUCCAGCCCGGAAUAUUAGUUUUACCAGAGUCUCGAAGAACAAGGCCACUGGGAAACAGCAGACCGGCCAGCCCACCUCUGCUUCUGUUCCUCGGAGCUUCUCCCACCCAUCUGCCUCGCCCACUACUCAGGACAUCUGCAGUGCCCGUGCUGUGUGUGCUGAAUGUUGUCAUCACAGCCCAAUGCAAACGGCCGUUGUCUUGAAAACUCCCGUCCGCCCGAAUUCUCUGACUCGAGGGGCCACUAGGACAGUUCUCUGUCAGGAAGUGGUGCAGGCCUCCAAGGAGCACCUCCGCAGGCAUGAGUGUGUCCGUGCGGUCAAGGCUAAGAGCGGAAGAGCAGCCCUCCUGAAACUCUCCAGGUCUCUCAGUGACAUGGACCAGAAGCCCGAGAGCGCGGCCCAAACCUUUAGCUACGUGGAGCGAACGUGUUCGGAAGGCAAACUGACCCACGGCCAGGAGCAGUGCUUAAUGCUCGGCACGUUUUGUCGCAAGGAGAAGAAACCGUUCCCUCCCAGGCCCUUUACGCGCAGUAAUUCCAAACUCUCCUACUUCCGGUCGCUUUCGGCCCAUUACGCAGGCGUUCCCGGGCCUGGCACCACGCACAGCGCCAUUCACAUCCCCCUCCUGGAGGACAGGUGUGACGGCGAAAGCUCCCGGGGCAAAAAGCUGCUGAGCUAUAUUGUCUCCUUCUCUCGCAACUGCAGUGCAAGCAGCCACGAACUGGACAGUUACUUCCAGGCAGAGAAAUCCUCCAGUGUGCUGGUGGAGAGUGCAGGUUUCUGUUCCGAUGACAUGGGAGACGAUGAUGUGUUUGAGGACAGUUCCUCUGUGCGACUCAAAAUGACAGAGCUGCGCGCACCGCUCUGCUCCGUCGAGAAGGACAGCGACCUAGACUGUCCCUCCCUCUUGUCAGAAAAUUUCCCCCCACUUUCCCCUGUGUCCGCCUCUGGGGACGCUUGCAGGAUCUGCCACUGCGAGGGAGACGAGGAGAGCCCGCUCAUCGCGCCCUGCCGCUGCACGGGCAGCCUGAACUUCGUGCACCAGGCCUGCCUGCAGCACUGGAUCAAGAGCUCGGACACGCGGUGCUGCGAACUCUGCAAGUACGAGUUCGUCAUGGAGACCAAGCUCAAGCCCUGGAGAAAGUGGGAGAAGCUGCAGAUGACGUCCAGCGAGCGACGGAAGAUCAUCUGCUCCGUGACGUUCCACGUCAUCGCCAUCACUUGUGUGAUAUGGUCCCUCUAUGUUCUUAUAGACCGGACGGCUGACGAGAUUAAACAGGGCGAGUCCACGGGUAUUCUGGAGUGGCCGUUUUGGACUAAGCUUGUGGUCGUGGCCAUCGGAUUCACAGGGGGAAUUCUGUUCAUGUAUGUCCAGUGCAAAGUUUACAUGCAGCUUUGGAAAAGACUGAAAGCUUAUAACCGUGUAAUAUACGUGCAGAACUGUCCCGAGGCGAGCAAGAAGAGCCGGUGCGAAAAACCAGUGCAGGUUGAGCCGAAUUUGGAAAAUUCAGGCGCCCUUUUAGGUUAUCACGCAGAGACGAAUGGUUCGCAUUAUCCGGAACCUGAAGGCCCCCAAGCAAACUUUCUUCAUAUCUGAGGGAUUCUUUUGUCCAUGAAGACUCGCCCCGGCCUCGCUAGCUUUUCAGGGUCUGUGAAGCUGGCAGGGGUGGAAUUUUUCCUUCUGCCCUUGCUAAACCCACAAAGAUUGCCAUGACUGCAAAUCGCAACAUGAGCUGCUGGAAAAAAGAGUUGAUUACAUGAGAGGGAACAUACCGAUCCAGUUCCAAGAGCUGUCGGCUUUUGGAGAUUGCUUUCUUUUCUCUUCUUUUUUCCAAAAUCAGUUCUUAAAUAUUCCAAAGUGGAUGCAAAAGUCAGUUUCUUUUGCAGCGUGAAGCAGUUGAAAGAGGUAUGUAGGAGCUAUAAUAAGCAUCUCUGAAUUGUGUACCUGAAUAUACGUCCUGUGUGUUUAAAGUCCCUGCAUGUAGAAAGCUAGCAUAUCAGGGAGAGCCCCGCAAAAACCAGCACCGCUGUAAACCUGCCACGCAGUUGGCAGGAUUACUGCAAAGGACCUGCUUGAGCUCCAUCUGAGAGUUUCGUCUCAUAAUUGAAGCCGCUGCAGGGGGCGGGGCUCUGAAGCAUAGAGCACUUUUCAUGACGUUUGUUUUAUAGUAACUUUGAAAGAAUUCCAUUUCAGUACGUUCCUUUGAGUCACUGAAAACCCAUAGACCCCACCAGCUGCCUUAAAACAGCAAAAAGUAGCCCUCGUUUUUAUUAGAAAUUCACAGAUGUUCUUGAACCAGCAUCGCACGCUCUCGUGCCAUUUUCGCAGGAGCAUGUUUUUCACAGAACACUGGACAUGUGGAUUUUGUAACAGAGUAAUUUACUAAUAGUAAAUAGAUUAAAUAUUCAGUUUAAUAUGUACAGUGUUCUUAAAUGACUUGACUGAGGUAAAGAAUUAAGUCAACGGACAAAGCCGGGUGGAGCAAAGACCAUGUUGAUGCUGCGUUUUACACUCGGCUGGUUUCUUGGUUUGCGUCUUUUUUGAUUUCCAGCUUUGGAAAGGUCUUUUAGCAAGAAUUGAGAGAGUACCUCCCCCCCCCCCGCCCCAUUUGUGUUGUUAACCAUGUAAUGGCACGGACCUUUGAGUUAAUGAAAACACAGUGCCUGAACAGGGCCAUCAACGCCUCCGGGAUAACUUAAAAUAGGUGUGAAACAUAAUUGGUCCAUUGGGCACAUGCGGUGUUGCUUAAUUUUGUCAACAUCCAUUUGAUUAUACACUGAAGAACUUCUGCACAUCAAAGUUCUCCAACACAGGUAUUUAGGCCAACCAGAUGAGUUGCUAUAAUUUGAGACACAAGAUUAUAGGAACGAGAACCGAAAUUUAUUUCACUGUUAAGAAUAUGAAAUAUUUUACGUGUAGUUUUGCAUACUGCACUGUAAACGCAUGACAUUUUAAAAGGAUGAGAUCCCUGGUUUUUAUUCCAACAGCUGUGACAGAUAUGCCCAGUGUCACAGGUGAGGUUUCAAGCUACUAAAUUCAUAAGGUGAGGUGGGUAGAAGAUCUCCCCUCAAGUCUUACCUCACUGUCAAGAGACUGUUAAUUCCUCUCAUGUCUUUGUAUUCCUCUUCUUUGGCUGGCACAAGAUUUUCUGUGAAGAGAAAAAUGUUUGAAUAAUAAAUGUUUAAUGUAAUUUAAGGCAAUAAAUUUGAAUAUUAGUAUAUAACUGUUAUGCAUCGAGUUUCUAGUUAGAAGGAGUGCAGCUGGCUGCGUGGGUGCCUGUAAACGUGCUGAGGAGCAGAGAAACCUGUCUCCUUGAUGAGAUGCCGUUUUUUUUAAAGAUCCGCUUUGACUUCUAACUCUCACUGAGUUUUUUAACUGAAUGUUUGUAUUUAUUAAAAGAAGGUUUAGUACCUUGGGUAUUUCAAGGC